AUGAUUAUAUCUCGAAAAUAUCAUUACCCUAGAAAUUACAGCACUUUUAUUAAAUAUGCCGCUUGUUUCUUCUUAAUUAUAACAAUUUAUAAUAUAUAUCAACCUAUAUUUCACAACCAAGAUCCAAAGAGAAAAUCAUACUAUUCUUACAUUAAAUAUAUAGAUAAAUACCCUGGUUUAGGAGAAAAUGGAAAACCUGCUUAUUUAAAGGAACCUGAUGAGAUAGAAAAAUCAAAAGAAAUCAUUAAAAAAGAUUCGUUUAAUGUUUUAUUGAGUAAUAAAAUUGCCUUCAACAGAAGUAUACCUGAUAACCGUCCAAAAGAAUGUGCAGAAAUAAAGUAUGACGAUGAUCUUCCAAACGCCAGCAUAGUAGUGAUAUUUAACAAUGAAGCGUUUACCGCCAUUAUCCGAAUGAUAUGGAGCAUCAUUAAUCGUACCCCCACCCAGCUCGUUCACCAAAUCAUAUUAUUUGAUGAUUUCAGCGAUAAAGAGGAAUUAAAACGUCCCUUGGAUGACUACGUAAGGGACCAUUUUUCUUCCAAACUGGUUCAAAUUUACAGGAGCAAAGAGCGACUAGGUCUUAUUCGAGCGAGGAUAGCUGGGGCCGAAAAGUCCAAUGGAGAUGUUUUAGUAUACCUUGACGCCCAUUGCGAAGUCAACAUUGGUUGGCUCGAACCCUUGGCUCAAAGAAUCAAAGAGAAACGCAAUGCUGUCCUCUGCCCUAUGAUUGACGCUAUCAACGAUCGUACAAUGCAAUACAGCUCUGGGAGUGGCAUAGCUCAGGGUGGGUUUACCUGGAGUCUGCACUUUACUUGGUUAUCUGUCUCGGAACGAGAAAAACAGAGAUUGUCAUCUCCUACAAGUCCUAUUAGGUCGCCCACAAUGGCAGGUGGUCUCCUAGCCUUGAACAGGGAAUAUUUUUGGGAAGUCGGAGCCUACGACCCGGGAAUGGACAUUUGGGGAGGCGAGAAUCUGGAAAUGUCGUUUAGAGUGUGGCAGUGCGGAGGAUCACUUGAGUUCGUGCCUUGCUCCCACGUCGGACACAUUUUUCGCUCUACACAUCCGUUUACCUGGCCGCCCGAUAAGAAGGACACACACGGGAAAAACUCCCUUAGGAUGGCUCGCGUCUGGAUGGACGACUACAUAAGACUCUUCUAUACUCAUCGGGUUGAUUUAAAGGAUAAAGAGUGUGGUGAUAUAUCCGAACGGGUAGCCCUGAGGAGGAAACUAAAAUGCAAGAGUUUUAAAUGGUUUUUGGAUAACGUCUUCCCCGAAAAAUUUAUCCCCGACGAAAAUGUUAAGGCAUACGGAAAGAUUAUGAACGAAGAGACCAGCAUAUGCUUUGACAUGCUCGGUCGGGACCUCAAAUUGCAGCAAAACUUGGGUCUUUAUCAAUGUCAAGAAUUUAGUGCCGAGGAGCAAUUUACAUUAGCCCUGGACGAUAGGCUUAGGAUAGAAGAUUAUUGCGCCUCCACAGGCACGGAAGGGGCCACCAUCAACUCCCCUGUAGUGGUAAAGGAGUGCGAUGGAUACGGCAUAACUGACAAUUGGAUAUUUCGUCGGAACGGUCCUAUCAUACACAAAUCUUCUGGCCUUUGCAUAGACAUGUUUAAUAGGAGUUCAAACCAAGACGUUUUCUUCAACACUUGUCAGGACAUUCCUUCUCAAAAGUGGCUCUUCCAAAAUCAGGGUUCAUCGCAAACAUUAGGAUAAAAUUAAUUUCGUUCCUUUUUUUACUUUUAAAAUUUUAUGCCAAAAAAUAAAUCAAAAGAUUUAAGAGAUAAAAAUCUAUAUAUUUAUUUUAAAUAUUUUAUUUAUAGUUAUAAAAUAAAAUCUGUCCUUUAAAAAGAAAUUUAUAGUUAUAAAAAAAUAAAAUCCGUCCUAUAAAUUUUUUUAAAUAUACUUUACAACCAAAUUUUAAAUUUUUCUACUAAUUAUCUAGUGGACAUAUAUGAUAUUUAAAAACACUCAAAAUUUACCAUUUUUAUUAUUAUAUGUGUUCCUUCAGGGAUGUAUUGUAUGAAUCGCGUUUACUAUAUUUGGCUCACCAUAUAAAUAUUUGAAAUUUUUUUAAGCAAAUUUUAUUAUAGCGAAAUAUAUUAUAUAGUGUAGGUGAUCUAGUUGUAAUUUACCAGUAUACAUAUUUUUCCUGAUUGGUCAGAUCCUUAAAAAAAAAUACAUGAUCGCAAAAGUUUUAUAACGAAAUUAUUUAAUUUAAUUAAAAAUUGAUCAAUCCUUACAUCUGUUUAAUCGUGACGAGAUAAUGAACCAAAAAGAUUUAUCGUUUUUAUAAAAAUAUUAUAUAUGCCCCCCCCCCCUCAACAAGUUUUUUUUAUGGACAUUUUGAAAUUUAAUGGAAAAUUUUUAUUUAUAAUAUCUAAUUAUACCCCAAAUGUAGAUUGGUUUGCCGGAGUACUCUACAUAAUCUAUAUUCCGAAUUUCCAUUUCAAGAUAAGCCAUGUUUUAGCGUUUUUUAUUGUAACUUCAUAGUGUCAACUCUCGAGGAGAGUUAUAUCGCUGUCACUUUUAAUGGGUUAUCAUUAUAUAAUUUUUUUUUAUUAAGUUAUUUAAAUUAAGUGAUAUUAUAUCGUAUUAUUUAUGCAUGAAUUAUAGUUUUUUUUAUGAAAACC